GAUUAGGGUUAUAUUCUUUAUAUAGACCAUAAUGUUAAAAUGGUUUGCUAUGUUUGCAUUACUGCCUCUCUCUACUUGUCCUAAACUGAGGAAGUGAAAGCAAUUGAGGAAUGCCCCUUUAUAUUUUGCUUUAUUAGGGAGAUUGAAGGGUUUUAAGAAAGGAUGAAAGAAAAAGAAUUUGAAUAUUGGAAGGAAUCAAAAUCAGAGCCAAAAGCUUGACAAGUUAAAAAGAAUGAAAUAGACAAGAAGAGGGGAAAAUGUACUUUUCCCCAUUGGAGCUAUAUGAUAUGAGAAUCUGUUUCCCCAAAAAAGAAAAGGGGAAGAAGAGGAACGUCUGAGAAAUAAAAUUCGUGCUGAUCAUGAGCGAGCUCUAGAAGAGGCAAAAGAGAAACUAAAGAAGUCUAGAGAGACGAUACAAGCAGAGAUUGAAACAGAAAAAAAUAAGGUAGCCCAGGAGAUGAAGAAGAAAGAAACCAAGCCACUGCCACCAGUCCCUUUACCAAAUCUCAUAGGAAUAAAUGGUGGAGAACCAGAUGAUGAAGACACCAGAGAAAAGAGGGAAAAAAUUAAAGAGAUGAUGAAACAUGCCUGGAGUAAUUAUAGGAAAUAUGGCUGGGGACAUAAUGAACUCAAACCCAUUGCUAUGAAAGGACAUUCCACAAAUAUAUUUGGAAGUUCAAAAAUGGGUGCUACUAUAGUAGAUGCUUUGGAUACUCUUUAUAUCAUGGGACUCCGUGACGAAUUCAAAGAAGGACAAGAGUGGAUUGAUCACAAUCUUGAUUUCACUGUGAAUUCAGAGGUCUCUGUAUUUGAGGUUAAUAUUCGUUUCAUUGGAGGACUUCUUGCAGCUUAUUACCUUUCAGGACAGGAGGUAUUCAAGAACAAAGCAGUGCAGUUGGCAGGGAAACUCCUUCCUGCCUUUAACACACCUACUGGGAUUCCCUGGGCAAUGGUGAAUCUGAAAAGUGGAAUUGGACGAAACUGGGGUUGGGCCUCUGCAGGUAGCAGCAUUCUGGCUGAAUUUGGUACCCUGCAUAUGGAAUUCGUCCACCUCAGUUAUUUGACGGGAGACCCAGUCUACUACCAAAAGGUCAUGCACAUUCGGAAACUCCUUCAGAAAAUGGAUAGACCUGAUGGGCUUUAUCCAAACUAUUUGAACCCCAAAACAGGCCGAUGGGGUCAGCAUCACACAUCAGUUGGUGGACUUGGGGACAGUUUUUAUGAGUACUUACUGAAAGCAUGGUUGAUGUCAGAUAAAACAGACAUUGAAGCAAGGAAGAUGUAUGACGAUGCUAUUGAGGCCAUAGAAAAGCAUCUUAUUAGAACAUCCAAUGGAGGCCUCACUUUUAUUGGAGAAUGGAAGAAUGGACAUUUGGAAAGGAAGAUGGGUCAUUUGACCUGCUUUGCUGGAGGAAUGUUUGCAUUGGGAGCAGAUGGUUCCAGGAAGGAUAAAGCUGGACAUUAUUUACAACUUGGAGCUGAAAUUGCACAUACAUGUCAUGAGUCAUAUGACAGAACGGUGUUAAAACUGGGUCCUGAAGCAUUCAAAUUUGAUGGUGGUGCAGAGGCCGUAGCGGUACGGCAGAAUGAAAAGUAUUACAUCCUUCGCCCAGAAGUAAUUGAAACUUACUGGUACAUGUGGAGAUUCACUCAUGACCCCAAAUACAGGCAAUGGGGCUGGGAGGCAACAGAGGCUAUUGAAAAGUAUUGUCGAGUCAGAGGCGGAUUUUCUGGGAUCAAAGAUGUAUAUUCUUCUGCUCCGGCAUAUGAUGAUGUACAGCAAAGCUUCUUCCUUGCUGAAACACUGAAGUAUUUGUAUCUGCUCUUCUCCAAUGAUGACCUUUUACCUUUAGACCACUGGGUGUUUAAUACAGAAGCCCACCCUCUGCCUGUGUUACAUUUAGCCAACACCACACUUUCAGGAAAUCCUGAUUUACGGUAAAAGCAGCUCAAGAGG